CUUAAAAUAGGGGAUGAGAAAAAUGACGCAAAAUCACACCACACUUUGUUUUGGACCAACGCCUAUACGAAAAGGCGGCUCGAGUAAGCGGCGCGCAUGCGUAAAGCUGUUUUUCAAUAAUCGAAUGAGUAGGAGGGUAGCGAUUAAUGGCACAGUCGAAUUUCAGCGAGCGUUCGGAACAAGUCGUUUUCAGAAAGCAUACAGAAUAAGUUUUUAUUGUGAACACUGAAAAUUAAGGCUUCUGGUCUAAAACUAAAGUGUUAGAGAAAAAUCUCAGUUUCUAAUGAAAAUAAUAAUCUUAAAAUCACAAGUCUUAGGGAAAAGACUUAGGAAGUUUUUGGUUAAUUUUUACGUAAAGUUCUUACGAGUUUACAACGAUCUUAAGGAAGAUCAAAGUGUUGUUAACGAUUAUUUUCGGACAGUAUUACCUACGAAUUAAGAUCAGUUCUUUGUCGAAUCCAAUAAAGGAAUUAUUCUUAGAAUCAUUUUGAUUUAUCGAUCGAGAGAGCGAAAAUAUCGUUUUCGUCGAUGAAUUGUUAAUAACAAUUGUUUUUGCAAAUUAAUAAAUUCCUAAAAAUAAACGCGUGUCGUAUCGACGAAGGAACGUUAAAUAAAGACCAUUCAACGAUUUGUUUCGAAAUAUCUACAAAUCUGACUUUUUUAUCCAUUUGUUAAUUAAGGUUGGUAAAAACGACAAUGUUAUAACAUAGGAUUACUUAAUUAGAUACGUAAUCACCUUUUGAUUUAUUUAAAAAAUCGAUUUCUAAAACAAAUGGUUUAUGCGUAAUAUAUUUUUAAUUCGCAAUAUUAUUUAAAAUUUGCAUUUUUUUAUACGACUUUUGUUAAUAGAAGCGUGAUAAAACGUGAAGAAAUAUCUAGAAGCGUAUAAAAGCUCAAUAGACAAUGUUUUUUAAAUUGGUCGAUUUAUUUAGCAGUUUUUUCCACAUAAGACCGCGUGUAUGUCGUCCAGCGUCGCCGACCACUUCGCACGUCGCAAAAAUCGGUAUAUAUAAGGGAACAUAUAUAUCGGCGUGCACAAAUUGUUCGAAAAUUGCGAUUCGUACUAAAUGCUCGAUCCGACCAAAAUGCACGAUUCGCCAAAGUGCAUGAUUGUUUCGAAAAACAUGAUUCGCCCAAAAUGCACGUUUUGACCAAAAUGCUCUAUUCGAUCAAAACACACGAUUCGUUCAAAUAUUCAAUUCGCCAGAAGGAAGAUGAAAGGGACAGGAAAUCGAGCUCCUUUAAUGCUCCCUCCGGAAAAUGGAUAAAGCGCCAUUAAAGCCGCAACAGAGGCUCUUCGCGCUGAGAGUGAUGGUCCUACCAGAAUUAUAUCAUCUUUUCACACUGGGUAACAUCUCCCUUAGACGCUUAAAGAAGAUCGACAACAUUGUAAGGGCAUCAGUUAGGAAAUGGCUCGAUCUACCUCACAAUACAAUCACCUCUUACUUCCAUGCCAACGUUAAAGAUGGAGGACUAUAAGUUCCUUCUAUGUGAUAGCUAAUGCCACUACACAGAUGGCCAAAGCUUUUCAUGGCUCUAUGGAUAACGGCGGCUUAAGAGAAUCGAGAGAAAUCCCCCAGCAACAUUAAUAGAUAAUGGUCGGCCCUCGGUUACUAUCAGUGCGGGACUUCGUCAAUGCAAACAAAUUUAGAAUAAAUCCACUGCCAAUUAAAUCCAGAACAACAAGAGGCACGAUUUAUGACAGCACAUAUCGGGCAGGAUGCAGGACGAUAGAGACGAUGAAUAAUGACCUGUAUAAAUACUAUCGAACCCACAAAGCGCGUAUGGAUCGACACAACAUGGUCGUAUCCUACGUGAAAAGGACGCUCGAAAAGACGGGUGGAAUCGUGAAGGAGGAACCUCAUUUUACGAUAGAGUAGGGCCUCAGGAAGCCGGACCUUAUAGCGGUCAAGGAUAACAGUGCCUUGGUGAUCGAUGCGCAAAUCGUGGGUGCGAACAUUGGCCUCAAUAUUGCGCAUAACACCAAGAUUGAGUAAUAUAAAGCGUUGACGGAGUUCGUCCAGAGAAAAUACGGCGUGAGAGAUGUAAAAUAUAGAAAUAUAACGUUUCCAUACAGAGGUAUUUGGAGUAAAACAUCUGCCCAAUACCUAGUAAAUCAAAACAUUAUUAACCAUAGCGAACUCAUGAUUAUCCCAACCAGAAUUCCGGUCGGGGGUUCAUCUGGGUUCUGGAACUUAGGUCGGGCGACAUCAACAGCUAAUCCAAGAAGACUAAAGGAACGCACCGGAGUAGGUUAGGAGAUCAUGCAACAUCGUGCUGCCUACGAAUUAAGCAUAAGGAAGUAGAGGAGUGGUUUUUUUUAGUAGGUAUUUCACAUCGUUAUGAGUCCCACACAAGCAGCAACAGUAUGGCUGUAGUGCAUAAAAGCAUUUUUUUCCUCCUACUUAAAAAAAAAGCCAAAUGCUUCGUCAUCUAAUUAGUGACGCGCAUGAAUGGAUUAACGAGAUUAUUUCUCUUCCUAUCUACUUUCCGUCGUGCCAGCUCCUCUGGCACAGUCGAACAUGGGUGGAUAGUCGUCUAGUGCUAGAAAGGGGCAUGGAGCAGCUACUAUUGCUGUGAAUUUUGACUUUCAUUGCCGAUGGAGAUUAUUCGAACUCCUCGAAUUUUGAGAUCUUCGAAGCUCGAUCAGUAUGUGAUUUAGAUUAACGUCCAGGCGCAUUUUUCUAUUAUACUGACGUGUUACAGCCGGGCCAAUCCGCUAAUCCGCGCGAUGAGGCGUGCCUCCACGUGGUUCCCCGAGGACAUGUACCGUGCGUGGCGAAAGUGGCGAGUGCAUGGCGAAAGCGUCCUCUCGGUUCGUCCUCCGGGUGCUUGGGAUUUUUUCUGGCGUUGCACCGGAAGCAUGUUUUCUCAUUCAGGAGUAGCAAUAGCCAUCAUCAGGUACGAAGUACCAUCGAACGCAAGAUGGGAUAAAAGGAUGAUAUAGCGUAGCGUAUGCCUGAAAUAGGCGAGGUAGCACAGGUGGAGGUACCCUACAAAUGUUCAUCUUCACACUUUACUGUACCUAUCUAUUACCGUCGGGCAUCAAACAGCCAUUAUUCCUGUGAAUUUUGGCCCAAAUAACCGACGGAGAUUAUUAGUACUCCUCGAUUUUCGAAAUCUUCGUAGCGCGCUCAGGAUGUUAGUUAGAUUAACGUCCACAUACGUUUUUCUAUUAUGUUGACGUGGUACAGCCUGAUAAUUUCUAGGUCGAUUGUUUUAUUUCUUUGUCCUAUUCCUUCGCUUUAUAUCUUCCGCUUUAUUUCUUUUGUUUAAUUCCAUCUCUUUUAUUUUUCUCCCAUUACUUCCUUCGUUUUAUUCCUUUGUCCUAUUCCUUUGCUUUAUAUCUUUCGCUUUAUUUCUUUUGCUUAACUCCAUCUCUUUUAUUUUUCUCCCAUUACUCCCUUCGUUUUAUUCCUUUGUCCUAUUCCUUCGCUUUAUUUCAUUCAUCUAUUUCUUCAAAUAAAUUCCUUAUGUUUCUUUUGUUGUGCUUCCUUCACUUAUUUCUUUUGCUUUAUUCCUCUCGCUAUAUUUCUUCAUUUUAUCUCCUUGUUUCACUCCUUUCGUCUCAUUUCCUUGUUUUAUUUCUUCCGUUUUAUUUCUUUUGCAUUAUCUUCCUUCGUUUCAUUUUCUUAUUCCAUUCCUUUUGUCCUAUUUCUCUGUUUUAUUUACGAUUCUUAUUUUCCUCUUUUUUUACUCAUUGAAUUUUUUCUUUCAGCCAUUUCUCUUUCAGCUUAAAGUUUUCUUCUGGCAGCUUUUUUCCUUAGGUUUAAUAAAGAAAUUGCCCAUUAAAUUCCAUGAUGGUUGCUCGUGGGGAAAAAUAUUCCGGAGGUAAACUAGCCUCCCGUUCGGAUCUCCGGGAGGAGGCUUUCCCAGGGGUAGUCAGCGUGAUGAAGAGAAGCUCGCGCAUUGCUAUGUUGAACACAUCUAGCGCGAUCCCAAAGGUGACGAGUAGAGGCUCUUGCGGUGUAGGGCAUCGUAGGAACGCAUCAACAUGCCGGGUGUGUGCGCGCUCGUCAUAUGAGGCCACUCACCAGGCGACUCCCAGCUGCGUUUCUAGCCCCGCACAAUCCGGACUGCAUCAGAUGGUAGCCAGUCUUCAUAUGGCUGUAGUCGUUUUGGAAAGGUGCGAUAGGAGUUUGCCAAAACUAUCUUCUAAGGCCGCGCAAAGGAAAACUGCGAACACUAAACCGACCGCGAUUACAUUAGGGAAACGCAGCGUCAGAGCUGGCGCAAUAAGUCCUUCCAAUUCAGAUAGGAAACGGAUUAAACAAAACCUAGGUUACGAAUUGAUAAGCUCGCCACCACGAACCCGAGCAUACACCCGCAUGCACCCUUUGCAAAACUUCCUUGGAAAGGAACGCACACCUGCCCCAAUCCUCAAAGAUAAUCACAACUCCUGCGAUAACAGUGCACACGGAGCGCAUGACAAGACCUCCUUACUUCCGAUCAUCGAGCGAAACUGCGUAGAAACUCCUCGGCAAUCACCGGAAAUAUGCUUCGAAAUAAACCACACUCAAUCGGGAAUUCUUGAAGUGGCCAAUUCAUGUGCACCGCUUAUAACCACCGACGCGAUAAACGUGGUUCAACAGCACGAAGCACUGCGGGUUUCCUUCGUUGAACCCUGCGUAACUAGCAACGGUAACGAAACGAUCUCGACCAAGAGCCCUGCCCGUCCCGUAAUUUCUGCGUUUUCAAAAAUCCGUUUACUGCAACUAAAUAUGGGACGCUCUAGAACGGUAAUGGAUGAAGUUCGCGAACUAAUCAGUCAGAAGCACUUGGACAUACUACUUUUGCAAGAGCCGUACGUCCAAAAACAAGGGCUAGGUUUUGAGAUAAUAGGUCUAGGUAACGGAAUGAGAGUUGCGGCCAUCCGCGAGAAAAGACCUUGGUCGGCGGUUGCGGCGACCAACCCAAAUAUCGAGUUAUUGUUCAUCUCGCAGCUUAGCACUCCGCAUUGCGUCUGUGCAGAAGUGCAAGCAUCCGGCUCCUCCUUCUACGUCGUCUCGCACUACUUUCAGUACAGCAACGACAUAGAGGAGCACCUCAGCCACUUGGAAUCCGUACUUCGUGCUCUAAGAGGGAAGAGAUUAAUCGUAUCACUGGACGCCAACGCGCGAUCAUCUCUCUGGGGUCCUCAGGGCACAGACGAAAGAGGCUCGAAAUUGGAAGCCCUCAUCCGGGCAUCUGUGUUGGAAGUCUUAAAUAACGUAGAGCAGUCACCCACCUUCUGGGCGAGGAAAGGUUCUUCAUUCAUCGACGUAACCCUCUCGUCAUCAUCCAUGAGCCGACUUAUUGGCCAUUGGAAGGUUAGAACAGACUGGACGUCCAGUGAUCAUAACUCUAUAGAUAUCGCGAUACAUCCCCCAAAGACUGUGAUGAGUCGGGGUGGCGGUGUUCGGGACACGAGGAAUAGAAGGUUCAACACAAGGAGAGCCGACUGGGACUUGUUCUCCGAGCGCACGUUCUCCCUCGCCGCAGCAAAGCUAGAGAGAAGCAGUUUAGGAUCGGCUUCAGAAGUGGAGACACGAGCCAAAGUGCUCACAAGUGUUCUCCAAGUAGCAUGCUCCGAAUCUAUGCCUCGCAAAAAGGCUCACCGGAAGUCAAAUCCAUGGUGGUCAUUAGCGUUAACAAACCAGAAAAAAGCGGUAGGUCGAUUAAGACGCGCGUUCCAACGGGAAAAAAAUGAUCAGGCACGCCUUGAGUUAAUGCGGAAAUAUCGCUCUUCCUUGCGGUCCUACAGUAAUGUACAAAGUGAUAAUCCAUUGAUAAAAAUACGACCUAUAAUUGAUACUCUGAAGAACUCUUUCUCACAGUCAUUUUAUCCGUACAAAGAUUUGUGCAUUAACGAAAGUCUUAUGUCAUACAAAGACCGGUGUUACUUUAAACAAUUUAUUCCGUCCAAAAGAAGUAGAUUUAGUACCAAAUCAUUUAUCAUGUGCGACUGCACAACAAACUAUGUAUUAGAUUAUAUAGUAUAUAAGAAAAAUACAGAUAUUGUACGUAAUUCUACAACCAUUGGGCAAUCGGCAGAUGUUGUUAUGACACUUUUACAUCUAUACCUUGAAAAGGGCCAUACAUUGAUAACAGAUAAUUAGUACACAAGCCCACAUUUGUAUAAUGUACUUCAUAAACGUAAAACUAAUGCAUCUGGGACAAUACGGAAAAACAGAAGAGAUAUGCCUCAUAUCGAAGGAAAAUUGACAAAAGGGCAAUUUGACUACAGAUGUACAGAUAAUUUAUUGGCAUUGAAGUGGCGCGAUAGAAAAGAUGUAUGGAUGUUAUCAAGUGCUCACAAACCGAAAAUGAUAGAAUCUGAUCAAAGAAAUUAUCUUACAGGAUCGCCCAAGUUAAAACCAGAAUGUGUUGCAGAUUACAACAUCAAAGUGGGCUCUGUCCAGCAACCAGAUAAAUACGAGUUUCUAAGAAGGAAACUCGUAUAUUUAGGCCAUAUCAUUGAAGCAGACUUUUCUGGAUAUUACCAUAGAUUCAGUCCAGCUUUAUCGAAAAUAACGAAACCGUUGACUGAUGUAUUAAAGAAAGUAUCAAUAUUCAUUUGGAACAAAUCAUACGAUAACGCAUUUGUUACUCUCCGGGAUGCGCUAUGUAGAGAACCAGUUUUGCAAUGCCCUGACUUCAAUCGAAAAUAUAAUGUGAUUACGGAUCUGUUAGGUUAUGCCAUAGAAGUAGUUUCACGUCAAAGACCUAAUUUCGUAUUUCGAGAAUUUACGUUAGCCACAGGCCAUAAGGCAUUGAUCUGGUUAAAUUCUAUCAAAACUCCUACGUUAAAAUUAACUGAAUUAAAAUUAGCAGAAUAUAAUUGUAAAAUAGAGUAUAAAGCGGUGACGCAAAUGUCGAUGCAUUAUCAAGAAACCAGUAGCAACGCAGAUGCUACCCAUUCACUAGAGAAAGAAACAGGUGAUGAAUCCUCAAUACCAUUAGAUACUCUCGAAGAAGAAACAUAUUAUGACUGUCUAGAAUUGAGUAAUCGAAAUCAGAUAUCUUGCGAGACGUUAGGCAAUGACUCAGAUAGCUCUCCUAUUCUCGAUCAAAAAAAAUAUGAAUAG